GCUCGCUCCUGCGCGGUUUCCGCGGCAGGCGAAGGCAGGGUCGGGGCCGCCCCGGGGCGGUGCCGCUGCGCUCUUAGGCCUGCGCGGCGGGGCGUGCCGGCAGCCAUGGAGGUGCAGGUGGCGCCGCUGCGGGCCUGGGACGACUUCUUUCCCGGCUCGGACCGCUUCGCCCGGCCCGACUUCAAGGACAUCUCGAAAUGGAACAACCGGGUGGUCAGCAACCUGCUCUACUACCAGACCAAUUACCUGAUGGUGGCCGCCGCUGUCGUCUCCAUCGUGGGAUUUCUGAGUCCCCUGAAUAUGCUCAUUGGUGGUACUGUGGUGGUGCUGGUGUUCAUGGGGUUUGUGUGGGUAUCGCACAACAAGGAUAUCCUCCGCAAGCUGAAGAAGCAGUACCCAACUUCAUUUGUAGUGGUCAUUAUGCUGUCUAGCUACUUCUUGAUCUCCUACCUGGGAGAUGUCAUGGUGUUCAUGUUUGGGAUCACACUUCCUCUCCUCUUGAUGUUUGUCCAUGCUUCUCUGAGGCUUCGGAACAUAAAGAACAAGCUGGAGAACAAGAUGGAAGGAAUAGGCUUGAAGAAGACCCCAAUGGGCAUCAUACUGGAUGCUCUAGAACAGCAAGAGGAUAGCAUCAACAAACUGGCUGACUACAUAUCUAAAGCAAAGGAGUAAGCAGCUGCAACGUAGCAUUUUUACCUGUUGCAGGAGUGUAGUUGCUAUUUACUAUUGUUCAAGCUUGCUUUCAGUUUGUGUACAAAACAGGAAAUGCACGUGGUACAGAUUAAUAAUUGCAGGAUACAGGUAUUCCAGUGUCUUCAGGGCUCCUCUAAGAACAUAAAAGCAGCAGUCUUUUUGUAUUGUAUAGCAAAAUGUUCUGGUGUUUACACAAAUACAUACUAACUUAAAAGCAUUUGCUUGUCUCUUCUUCUGGAGGGUAGAAGAAGAAGAGACGGAAACCUAUGGAAUGCAGUCUCUCCAACUGUCCUGUAGCAAAUUUGUCUAUUAGAAGUACACCCUUUUCACCUCAGAUCUACAAGUUGGCAGUUUAGGCAGUUUUUGCUGGGUAGCACCUUCAAGCUGGCAAUGCUCAAAAGUGAGCUGGAGUGUCUCAAGUAGGUCUCUUGCAUCCUCCAUAUCCCUCACUUGAGUGGUCUGAAUUGAGACCAUGUUGCUAGUUGAACUGGUUGUAAAACCAUGAAGCACUUGUAACGAGAAUGGGUUCCUGCCCUCAGCUCACAUUCCUCUGUUAGCAGCUGGGAAACAACCUAAAUAGAUCUGAGCAUAAAGAGGCACUGUGCCUCUGUUGGUUCCAGUAAAACACAUCUCUUGUCUCUCUGAAAUCUGGAUCUAUAGAAGCUGCUUCUCUCUGCAGGAGAGCCAAACCACCUAACAUACCAGCUAAACUAUGGCCAGGCAUGGGAGGGGAAAAAAGGCUUCAGAUUUGUUGGAUGAGCUGGGUUUCUACCCUACUGAUGUUUUGAAAUACUGCUACUUUAAGACUUACCUUGUUCUGCUUUAGUCUGUAUAGGUUAUUCUGUAGAUGGAGGUUUAUGUGUGUUCUCAAGUGUGGGUCUUUUUCUUUCUUCUUAGCCAGAAUGCAAAGAUACAAGUAAAACAUACAUCUUACUGACUCUGUACUUCUGACACUCUUCAAAGGAAUAAACUGGAUUUCAGGUUUACAAGUAAAAGCAAUAAAUGUCAAGAUAUGGUUUUUGAAAACCCAUUCCAAAUUCAUGAAUAUAUCUGCCUGCAACAACUACUGAAAAUGGUGGGGGGGAUUCUUUUAUAUAUUUUAACUUAACUGCCAGCUCUGGAAAUUAAUCUUGAUGACAGGAGCUUACCAACAAUGGGGAGGGAAAGUUGUCCAGGUGACACUUCAUUUCAAAUGAUCUUGCAUUUCUCUUUUCUAUCAAUCAGUCAUUAAUUUAACAAAGAAAACCAGGAUCCUUAAAGUUUAAGCUUUUCUGUAACUUUACCAUGCUGUUUUCAUAGUGAACUGUGUAGAAAUCUGAACGUGUCAUUCCAUUUAAGUGUUAAAGUGAUCAGUAUUUAUUGAACAUGUCUGUAUAUUCCAGCUGAAGAGUCAAUGGCCUGUUCCUCACUUGUAGCGCAUGGUCUUUGUUAUUUGCAAACUGUUUCCACACUUCAAGAACGUAGUAGCCUGACUUCAUCAUUACUGUAGAAUUUUAAAAACUACACAGUUACAAAGAAAAAUAAAUUCUAAUGGUGAUUA